GACAAGAUCAGAGCUGGAAGCAGCAGGUCCUCUGCCACCAGGUGCAGGCCCAGCUGACAGAGCCAGGCUGGUGAGACAGGGGGGCAUAACCCAGCGUCGCGGGUGCCCUGGGGAGGCAGGAGAGUGGUGGGUAGUGAAUGGCAGCUUCCAGGCUUCGGGAAAGCAGCAGAGGAAGUACAGUGGCCAGGAGGGACAAGGACUUCAGUAAGGGAUGGUGAGACCAAAUAUGAGGGCAGACUGCCAAUCACAACAGCCCAGGGGAGCUGAGGGAGCGGAGCUGAGAGGGGCCAUGAGAAACCUGUCAACCAGAUUUUGUUACUUGAGACAAUCUGGUCCUCUGAUAGACAGAGACUGGGCCAAGAUGGCGUCUGUGUUUCGAAGUGAGGAGAUGUGUUUGUCACAGCUGUUUCUCCAGGUCGAGGCUGCGUACUGCUGCGUGGCUGAGCUCGGAGAGCUGGGAUUGGUUCAGUUCAAAGAUUUAAAUGUGAACGUGAACAGUUUCCAAAGGAAAUUUGUGAAUGAAGUCCGAAGGUGUGAGUCAUUGGAAAGAAUCCUCCGUUUUCUAGAAGAUGAGAUGCAAAAUGAGAUUACAGUCCAAUUGCCGGAGAAGUAUCCGGAGACUCCUCUCCCACGGGAAAUGAUUACCCUGGAGACUAUUCUAGAAAAAUUGGAAGGAGAGUUGCAAGAAGCCAACCAGAACCAGCAGGCUUUGAAGAAAAGCUUCCUAGAACUGACUGAACUCAAAUACCUCCUGAAGAAAACCCAGGACUUCUUUGAGACGGAAACCAAUUUAACUGAAGAUUUCUUUAUCGAAGACACUUCCGGUCUCCUGGAGUUAAGAACUGUACCUGCAUUCGUGGCUGGAAAGUUGGGGUUCACGGCUGGAGUGAUAAACAGGGAGAGGAUGGCUUCCUUUGAGAGACUGCUGUGGCGUGUCUGCCGGGGCAACAUCUACUUGAAGUUCAGUGAGAUGGACACGCCUCUGGAGGAUCCUGUCACGAAAGAAGAAAUUAAAAAGAAUAUAUUCAUCAUAUUUUACCAAGGAGAGCAGCUCAGGCAGAAAGUCAAGAAGAUCUGUGACGGGUUUCGAGCAACCAUAUACCCCUGCCCAGAGCCCGCUGCAGAGCGCAGAGAGAUGCUGGAUGGGAUCAACGUGAGGCUGGAAGAUCUAAUCACGGUCAUCACACAAACAGAAUCUCACCGCCAGCGCUUGCUGCAGGAAGCAGCUGCCAACUGGCACUCCUGGUUCACCAAAGUGCAGAAGAUGAAGGCCGUUUACCACAUCCUGAACAUGUGCAAUAUCGAUGUCACCCAGCAGUGCAUCAUCGCUGAGAUCUGGUUCCCAGUGGCAGACGCUGGGCGCAUCAAGAAGGCCUUGGAGCAAGGCAUGGAACUAAGUGGCUCCUCCAUGGUCCCCAUCAUGACGGAAGUGCAAUCUAAAACAGCCCCUCCCACCUUUAAUAGGACCAAUAAAUUCACAGCUGGCUUCCAGAACAUUGUUGAUGCCUAUGGUGUGGGCAGUUACCGGGAGAUAAACCCAGCCCCCUACACCAUCAUCACAUUCCCCUUCCUGUUCGCCGUGAUGUUUGGAGACUGCGGGCACGGAAUCGUGAUGCUGCUGGCCGCCCUCUGGAUGGUCCUCAAUGAGCAGCGCCUGCUGUCCCAGAAGAGCAGCAACGAGAUCUGGAACACUUUCUUCAGUGGGCGCUAUCUGAUCCUACUCAUGGGCAUCUUCUCCAUCUACACGGGCUUGAUCUACAAUGACUGCUUCUCCAAGUCUUUCAACAUCUUUGGCUCUUCCUGGAGCGUCCGGCCCAUGUUCAGGAAUGGCACAUGGAAUACUCAAAUAAUGAAGGAAACCGAAUAUUUACAGCUGGAUCCAGCCACGCCAGGAGUGUAUUCUGGAAAUCCAUACCCAUUUGGGAUAGAUCCGAUUUGGAACCUGGCCUCAAACAAGCUCACAUUUUUGAACUCUUAUAAAAUGAAGAUGUCGGUCAUCCUGGGAAUUGUCCAGAUGGUUUUCGGCAUUAUUCUCAGCCUCUUCAAUCACAUAUACUUCCGGAAGACUCUCAACAUCAUCCUGCAGUUCAUCCCCGAGAUGGUCUUCAUCCUGUGCCUGUUCGGAUACCUGCUCUUCAUGAUCGUCUUCAAGUGGUGCCGGUACGAGGCCCGCGGGUCUCAGCACGCACCCAGCAUCCUCAUCCACUUCAUCAACAUGUUCCUGUUCGACUACGACGACCCCUCCAACGCGCCCCUCUACGAGCACCAGCUCAUUCAGACCCUUUCAGUCUCCUGACCCAGCUGUGGGGGCCACCUGGUUCUUAUGGCCGUCGUUGCUGAGUCACUCCUCAGAACUGGGAUCUGGGGGCGGCGUGAAGAAGGAGGCGGGGCCUGAGGACAUGAAGGGCGUAGGCAGCAGCUGGGUGCAGUGGCCACACCUGUAAUCCCAGCGACCCAGGAGGCCGAGGCAGCAGCAUUUGAGUUCAAAGCCGCCUCAGCAACUAAGUGAGGCCCUCAGCAACUUAGCAAAACCCUGUCUCUAAAUGAACAAUAAAAAGGGCUGGGAGGUGGCUCAGUGGUUAAGUGUCCCUGGAUUCAAUCCCUGGAACUGAACCAAAAACCAACACCAAAACAAAAAACACGGCAGGGUGAUAGAUGGGACCUCUCCUGGGCUCAGCAGAGGUCAGGGGACCACGGAAGCCUCACUCCAAAGUGAACUGUGAGACACCACCACGAGGGGGCCAGGGGUGUCCUGCACCCUCAAGCCGCCCACUCUGAGGAGGGAAGGCAGGUGGAGGGUGUGGGGAAUUUUGUAUCCCUCUUUGAGAGAAGGAGCAAGAACUCUUGGAUGAUUUUUCUAGCACUGAAAAUAUAAAAUCACUGAUUGAACAAUGUGACUGAAAGUGACCAAGCACUUUUGGUUACUAUGGUGUGACUGGCGGAGCCGUGGGACUUGCCCCUUUGCCCAGGGAACAGGGUGAAGGCAUCAGGGGAAGAACAGCUUCCUCCAGGAGUGUCUCCACUCUUCUUGUUCUAAAGACUGGUGGCACACCGUCUGAGUGUGACAGGAGCUGCACAGAGAUCCAGUUUCCUCCCUACACCGGGCAGCCGGCACCACGGGCUGACAUUCCUCUGUCUGCUCUAGGAAUAUUCCAGAUACCAAGUUGAAUAGGUGCAAAAUGCUUUAGAUCCCCAGAGUGCUACUGAAGUGACCCACGUCUACCAUUUUGAUUUGCAAUUACUUUAAAACGAGGGGGUCU